AACUUGAGAAAAGGAGGCCCCACAAAAACCCUGGAUAUAAAAAACCGCAGCAGCGACGCAUCGGGAAGCUGGACAGGGACAGGCAGACCAGGACACCAAGUCAGUUCGAAACUCCUCAAUAGCUAAAAUACAGAGCGGUGGAUUUUCUUCAGCAUCUCUGACCUAAAGCACCACUAGAAUUGGGCGAAAUAUCAGCAUCAUGGAUGUCAUCUCCCAUUCAGUAAACAAAGAGAAGGGCACCAUGCGGAAGAAUUCAAAGCAGAACUUGAACAUAACAAGAAGCGCGGCAAGUGAUAAUAUUCCUCAAGGAGUUGAGCUUGAAGGAUGUUUCAAAAAGAGGUGCCAUGAUGAUGAUCCUCUGGAAGUCAGAGAGUCGUCCCAUUUAGAGAGGCCUUGUAUAAUGCCACUUCUACCCCUCAGCGACUCGAAGACAUCAGUGACCUUGAGUGGAACAGCUUCUAAAGGAGCAACCGGACCCCCUAUCGGAGCCUUGGACAUUGGUCUCAGCAAACCUGCAUACUAUUUCCGUGUUGCUCUACCUGGAGUUAAAAAGGACCUUGGUGAGUUCAACUGUGAGAUUGAACGUGAUGGAAAGGUCCAUAUCCGUGGGGUGACUUCGACCAGUGAAAAUGUAGUGUCAAGGCAAUCUCGGCUGUUUGAAAUAAAAUUUCAGGAGCAGUGCCCUCCUGGGGCUUUCACUAUGUCUUUUAGCUUGCCGGGGCCGGUUGAUCCAAGGUUAAUCGCAUCCAACUUCAGAUCUGAUGGCAUUUUUGAAGCUGUUAUUAUGAAAUACGAAGCAUAACAAACCCACAUUCUCUAGGUCCUUGAUGGCUAGUGUUAUCAUUAAUGGACCAGAUCGAUGGGUAGAUAAUAAUGUGCUUUUUUUGCUCAUCGCCGUGAACAACAUCAAGGAACAUGAGUUGUUGUAAACUCUGAUGAGUUUUUUCUUAAAUGUGGGUAAAAUCAUGGAUAAAAAUUGACUAAAGUUACUGUGAGUGUACAUUUAUAGUCAUUGUGAUGUUAGAUUUAAAUAUAAUUAUAGUCCACUAAAGUCG